GCGGCCACAGUGUGUUUGGAAACAACAUUCCUCCUCGCUUAAGUCCCGCAUGACGGCUUAGGUACAUCUAGAGUAAACUGGGCUCCACAUAGAUAGAGUGUAUUCUCCUACAAGGUUCUCUUUAGUCGAGAUUAUUUGCGUCGCUUUUCUUCGUCUUCGUCUCCAUCGCAAGGACUCUUCUUAUUUUGACGAGUGUAGUUUUUGAGAGUAAAUAAAUAGAAUCAUACUAGCGCGAGACUACGGCGAGUGAAAGUAAAAAAUGGAUGUAGGAGAUUCUCAACAAAAGACGAUUACUCUUCUCAUAAAAACGCCUAACCGGGAUCAGGAGGACCAAAUUAUCGAAGGCAUCCAUCUGAACUGGAGUGUAAAGGACCUAAAAACGCAUUUGUGGAAUGUGUACCCCACAAAACCGGCUGUGAGUGACCAGAGACUGAUCCAUGCUGGUAAACUGCUGCCUGACCAUCUCCACAUCAAAGAUAUCUUCAGACAGAGAGACUGCAUUCCAACACUGCAUUUAGUGUGUGCUUUUAGGAAUCCACCCCAAGGACAACUGGGAGCUAGACCUAAGACGAUGGAGACAGAACAGCCACAUCCUUCCAGCCCAAGGCCUAUGGCAGCCUCUGCUUCACCCAGUCCCAGCAGGUCCUCUACAGUCCAAACUCCUAGCACACCAGAUCUGAGGCAGAGGAGAUGGACCUCUUCGACUUCAGCUGCUCCAUCUCACUCACAGACCCCAGCAUCUCCACCAUGGACUCCUGCAUGGUCUGUUGUUGCAAUGCCUGGAGCACCACAGAUGACCCAACCAACCUUUCCCACCUACUCUCUGUACAGCCCUCAACAGCUACUGUGGCUCCAGCAUAUCUAUGCUAGACAAUAUUACAUGCAAUACCACACAGCUUUGGCAGCAGCAGGCACCGUGCCCUCUGCACCAACUUCAGCCAUUGGGCAGUAUCCUCCUGUUCCUGCCCAUCAAGUACCUGUAACAGCCCCCUUAGCCAAUCAGAACCACAUGGACAACCUGCCAGUGAAUCAGAACCCAGCACAGGAUGGCCCUUUCAUCAAUCCGGGAGAGGCCAACCAGAACAUGCGGAUGAAUGCGCAGGGUGGGCCCGUAAUGGAGGAUGAGGAAGCUAUAGAACGUGACUGGCUGGACUGGUUAUACUCUGCUGCAAGAUUCUGCGUUCUGCUCAUGAUCGUGUACUUUAAUUCCAACCUGAGUCGCUUUCUGCUGGUGAUGAGCACCCUCCUCCUAAUGUACCUGCACACUGCUGGUUGGUUUCCCUUUAGAAGGGUGCAGGUUCAAAGACCCAACCACUUGCAGCCCCCUGAGGUCCAGCACAACCAGCAGAAUGAGAAUAGGAUCCCGAACCCUAAUCCAGCUGUUGAACUUGCUGACAGACAACGGGAGGAAUCUGCUGAAGCAGAUGGAUCUGACGGACAAGGACCAAUGACCGCAGUUUUAGUUCCUCCUCACAGGGUGUCAGUCAUGUGGACGGCCUGGGUCUUCUUUAAAACUUUCUUCUCCUCCCUCAUACCUGAGGUUCCUCAGGGUAUAGACAACUGACCACCAGAAACAGAUGACUAUAUAAAAAAGGGACCGUUUAUUCUUCAGUGGGGAACAAUAAUCUCUGGAGAUGACGUUUGAAACAUGAGUGGAAGGACAAGGACAAUACUGUCAACUCAAGAGGAGAGAAGAACAAGGGCAUUGUAUCUAAAUCAACAAUGACAGGGACCUCCCAACAGAAUCCUGGACAGUAGUGCUAAGUAGUGCUCUUGUGUGACAUUGGUGCAAAUUAAACACCAGCAAUACAAAGUAGUGCCAAACCCUUGAAUUUGCCAAAAAUGUGGACUGGAAGCAAAGGACACAAUACAUUAGAGACAUCAGACAUCAUGUAAAUAUUAACAAAAACAAUAAUAGUUUUCCACCUGACCCAACAUCUACUGUCUACUGGUUUUUAGCUUAAGAGGUUUUUUUUCCUUUGUUACGAGGCCUUAUAAGAGAGCUUUAGAUACCUGGAUAGAACAGUAGGUGGCACCUGAGAGUAAAAAGUAAACCUCUUAUCUGACUCUGUUGUAUUAUUUCUCCUAAAUUAUUCUUCCUGUGAGGAGGUUGUACAGACAAAAUCCAACUCAUGAGCAAAAAAUGUUAAUUUAAAACAUUUGUAUCAUAAUUCACUAAAUUAAAACAGAUUGUGCCUGUCAUAUAACUUUUUCUUAAGUUCUGUUUGGGGGUGAUUUUUACAUUAUUGAGCGUUAGAUUGUUUAAGAUUUCAAAUCAUUGGGUACAUAUUCUAUAAAUACUGAUGUUGGCACAGUAAAAAAAUCACUUAUUCACUCUUGUAAAUAUGUGUACACAAAGCACUUUACAAUAUGUAUCUUAUGCAAGCUUAUUUACUUAUAGAGGGGUUAUGGUUUAUCAUUCCUCACAUGAAGAUUAUAAAUAUAAUGCCCUAAAAGGGUCAGAGUUUUUUUCCAAGAUGGGACUAAGUUCAAAUUUCAGGUCAAGCCUAAAAUCUCACUAAAACAAAUAUGGUUAAAGGUAAGAUGAGUGCUGCUGUAAUCUGUAGAAUAUCUGUGGAAUCAAGGGAAAUUUAGUUCUCAGAUGGCUUGUGGGGCUUCUCCAUGGUUUCCUCUUUGUACUCACUUUGCCACCUUUAAUUAUUUUGUCGUCAUGGGUUUUCAUUCAGUUAACAUUCCAAAUUACUUUGAACUAAAUUAACAAUAUCACCAUGAAGGGGAUAUAGUACAUCUUUAAGUAAGCAGGUGAAGUCCCUUCCCUUUUUUCCUGUAAUUAUUUCAUUUUAUGUGCUGCAUUAGCCUCUGCUGUAAAGUUAGCACUCUGAUUCCCUUUGGGAAAUGAUAGUAGUUUGUGACAUUAGUCACCAUGUAUGAGUGGAAAUUUUAAUGUUAAGACUUGAAGAUUUUCUUUUGUGAGAAUUUCAGUGCAAACUUCAUUGACGGAUCCUGCAGAAUGAAUUGUGUGCAAUGUCUUGCAAUAACGGAUGCAAUAAAUGUUCUUAACUUCAA